AUGGGCUCGCUCAGCGAAGAUAACCGCAGCAGCUCACUCACUGCCGCGUCGACGGUGCUGGUCGCCGCAGCAGAUUUAAAAAAUCAAGAGGUGGUGGAGUUUAGUGUGAGGUAUGAAGACUACUUGAAGCGCACGAACCCAGCAGCAGCACUGGCGGCAGCCACGCAGAAUUCUCCGACACCCGGAGCUACGACGACUGAAACUGGAGCGGUCGGAGGCUUCGGAGCGCAACCAGCAACGAGUUCAGCCUUUGGAGCGACAGGAGGCUUUGGUAACACUCCGCCAUCUGCAUUCGGUGCUGCCUCUAGUGGAGGAGGCUUUGGAUCGUUCGCUUUUGGCUCAGCUACGGCGUCUACAACAACUGGCGGUUUUGGUGGAUUUGAAUCGCAGCCUGGUGCUCCCGCCACAAGCGGUGAUCUGUUUGGAAGUAGUGCAGCACGCCCUGCCACUGGAGGAUUCGGCGCACCGGCCACAAGCAGUGGUGCUGCGCCUGCUGCUUCGUCGGCUUUUGGGGCACCUGCCACUGGUGGUGAUUUUGGAUAUACCACCGGUGAAUUCGGUAGCAGUUUUGCGCUGCUCCAGCACCAAGGACACAUUCUACGCUACUCGACCUUCAACCCGUUUGCGUUAUUGCUUUACUUACCUCAGGAUGUUGUACGGCGUCUGUCCAAGGCCUCAUACUACUUGUACCUAUAUAACAACGUCGAGCUCGAAGUUGUAAGUGAGCGCUAA